UCCUAUCUUCAGUUGCGUUGGCAGCUCGAAGAGAACGGACGGUUAUGGCGGCGGUCGCAGCGGACUCCGCUGCAGCUGCCGUCCGGACGGCCGCUGAGGACAGAGAGCCGCAACACGAGGCCACGCCUGGCCUGGACGACCAGUGGCGCCAAAUCGAGAAUGGGCGAGAGCGUCCACUGCGAGCUGGCGAAAGCUGGUUCCUUGUGGAGCAGCACUGGUAUAAACAGUGGGAGGUAUACGUGCAGGGAGGGGACCAGGAUGAUAGCACCUUUCCUGGCUGCAUCAACAAUGCCACGCUCUUUGCAGAUCAGAUAAACUGGAACCUCAGGGAGGGACUGCUAGAAGGAGAGGAUUAUGUGUUGCUUCCAGCACCUGCUUGGUACUGCCUGGUCAGGUGGUAUGGCCUAGAGCAUGGCCAGCCACCUAUUGAGCGUAAGGUCAUAGAGCUGCCCAAUAUCCAAAAGGUGGAAGUAUACCCAAUAGAGCUGUUGCUUGUCCAGCACAGUGAUAUGGAAACAGCUCUCACUCUUCAGUUCAGCCACAUGGAUUCUCUGGACCUAGUCUUGCGUACAGCUCGGGAGCAGUUUAUGGUGGAGCCCCAGGAAGACACACGCCUCUGGAUCAAGAACUCAGAAGGCUCUUUGGAUCGAUUGUGCAACACACAGAUCACACUGCUUGAUGCCUCUCUUGAGACUGGGCAGUUGGUCAUCAUGGAGACCCGAAACAAAGAUGGCACUUGGCCCAGCGCACAGCUUUGUGGCAUGAACAACUUGUCGGAAGAGGAUGAGGACUUCCAGGGCCAGCCGGGCAUCUGUGGCCUUACCAGUCUGGGCAACACAUGCUUCAUGAACUCGGCCCUGCAGUGCCUCAGCAACGUGCCACAGCUCACAGAGUACUUCCUCAACAAUCGCUACCUGGAAGAGCUCAACUUUCGGAACCCCCUGGGCAUGAAGGGUGAGCUUGCUGAGGCCUACGCAGAUCUGGUGAAGCAGGCAUGGUCUGGCUACCACCGCUCCAUUGUGCCAAAUGUGUUCAAGAACAAGGUUGGCCAUUUCGCAUCCCAAUUUCUGGGCUACCAGCAGCAUGACUCACAGGAGCUGCUGUCAUUCCUCCUGGAUGGGCUACAUGAGGACCUCAAUCGAGUCAAGAAGAAGGAAUAUGUUCAGCUAUGCAAUGGUGCUGGGAGGCCAGAUCUGGAGGUAGCUCAAGAGGCCUGGCAGAACCACAAACGGCGGAAUGAUUCUGUGAUUGUGGACACUUUCCAUGGCCUCUUCAAGUCCACGCUGGUGUGCCCUGAUUGUGGCAAUGUGUCUGUGACGUUUGACCCCUUCUGCUACCUCAGCGUCCCACUGCCUGUCUGCCCUAGGAGGGUCUUGGAGGUCUUCUUUGUCCCUAUGGAUCCCCGCCGCAAGCCAGAGCAGCACCGGGUUGUGGUCCCCAAGAAAGGCAAUAUCUCAGAUCUGUGUGUGGCUCUGUCUACACACACAAGUGUCGCACCAGACAAGAUGAUAGUGGCUGAUGUCUUCAGUCACCGAUUCUAUAAGCUCUACCAGCUGGAGGAUCCUCUGAGCGGCAUCUUGGAUCGUGAUGAUAUCUUCAUAUAUGAAGUGACUGGUCGGAUUGAGCCCAUUGAAGGUUCAAGAGAUGACAUUGUAGUUCCUGUAUACCUGCGGGAACGUACCCCAUCCCGAGACUACAACAACUCCUACUAUGGUCUGAUACUUUUUGGGCACCCUCUCCUGGUAUCAGUGCCCCGGGACCGGUUCUCCUGGGAGGGCCUGUAUAACAUCCUGAUGUACCGGCUCUCACCCGUGGCUUCUGUAGUUUCUCUCUUUGAUACCAGGAAUGCAGAGGUGAACAAGACAAGACGCUAUGUGACCAAACCUACCUCAGAUGAGGAGGAAGAUGGGGAUGAGAAAGGAGAUGAGGAAGAUGAUGAUGACAAUGAAGAAGAUGGCAGCAGUGAUGAGGAGGAGAAAGAGGAAAUUCCUGGGCCUUCCACAAGUGGCAGCCUCCAAGAGUUAGAGCAGGAGCAGGCUGGGCCCAGUUCUGGUGUAUCUAGGAGAUGCCCAUUCCUCUUAGACAACAGCCUUCAUACAUCUCAGUGGCCCCCAAGGCGACGGCAUAAGCAACUGUUCACCCUGCAGACAGUGAACUCCAAUGGGACCAGCGACCGAACUUCUCCUGAAGAAGUACAUACCCAGCCAUAUAUUGCCAUGGAUUGGGAGCCAGAGAUGAAGAGGCGCUACUAUGAUGAAGUAGAGGCUGAGGGUUAUGUGAAACAUGACUGCGUGGGUUACAUGCUAAAGAAAACUCCAGUGCAGCUACAAGAGUGCAUCAAACUCUUCACCACUGUGGAAACCCUAGAGAAGGAGAACCCCUGGUUCUGCUCCUCCUGUAAGCAGCACCAACUGGCCACUAAGAAGCUGGACCUGUGGAUGCUGCCUGAGGUUCUCAUCAUCCACCUGAAGCGCUUUUCGUUCUCCAAAUUUUCUCGAGAGAAGCUGGAUACCCUGGUGCAGUUUCCUCUCCGGGAUCUGGACUUUUCUGAAUUUGUCAUCAAACCACAGAACAAGUCAACUCCAGACCUAUAUAAAUAUGAUCUCAUAGCAGUUUCCAACCAUUAUGGGGGCAUGCGUGAUGGACACUACACAACAUUUGCCUGCAACAAGGACAGUGGCCAGUGGCACUACUUUGAUGACAAUAAUGUCUCACCUGUGAAUGAGAACCAGAUUCAGUCCAAGGCAGCCUAUGUUCUGUUCUACCAGCGUCAAGAUGUGGGACGCCGCCAGUCCCAGACUGCUUCCUCUGAUUCGCCAGCUCCUCCUGCCUCCGGUUCCACAUCCAACCCUGAGAUCAUGGACGUUAACUAAGGGGCCCUAGGACCUACCACAGGGAAGGAAGCCCACUCUGCCACCUCCUCAUGUUCACCCCCUCUCUUACCUGUGUUCAUUGCCCCCUAGGCAUUGCAGGCUUUAGUCCGUGGCUACCAUUAUCUUGUACCACUGCAUUACUCUCAGAAAGAAGAGGCCCUGUGCCCCUUGCAGUGUGUUCCACCUGUGUGUGCCUGUACAGUAUUGACUUACCUCCUAGUCUUAUUUAAGUGUCCCCUUCCCUCUUUUCCUCACCCUAGAGUGUUCUUAAUGGCUGAUGAUGGGGGUUAACCUGAACACAGAGUGUAUUUUCUUAUUGAGGCCCUAUACCUUCACUGUGUGUGUUAUAUAAAGCUUGAAUCUAUUCCUUGCUCAGCAAUGUGGCUUUUUUCCCCCUUCCUAUCCUAUGUACUUAUUAAACAACAGUUAUA